CACCCACCAAGGCACCAAUCAUCUCCAUCUCUCCCUCUCUUUUUGGAAGAAGGCGAAGGAAGGAGGAAGAAGAGAACAAUAGCCCAUUGGCGGCGAAUUGGAGAGCUAUCAAAGGCGGCUCCUUUCGUAUUCUUAUUUAUGUCUCUGCUCUUUGUGGCUUUCUCUUCCUACUCAUUUUCUAGCCACAUGAAUUUUUCUCCUCUUUCUUUUUUCAUAAUGCAGGCUGAAUUAAUUCUCAUUCAGAUAUGUCUUCUCCCCUUUCUGUCCAAGAACAAAAAAGAUAUAGAAGGAGGAAGCAGAAAAGGAACGAGGAGAAUGAGAAGGAAAAAUUACUUCCAAGUCGAUCAUCGUCCCCUAUCUGAGUUAUCUUCUUCUCAGAAGGCACUUACCACUCUUGUCUCUUUCUCUUUUCCCACCACCGCAAAAUCAUGUCGUCGUAGAGGAGGGGUUGUCCACCGCCUAAUCUGUUAGAUGAUUCACGAAGGAGAGGCAUCCAAUCCCGUAGAUCAGCAGCGAGUUUGAUGGACUUUUGGGUCUCAAUGCAGGUGAUGGGGAUGAUGUUUGUAGAGUCUUGGGUUAUAAACCAAUGUGGCAUGGAGUGCAAGAUCAUGGAAGCUGCUAUAUGUUUCAAGAGCUGUAAGGCAGGAAGACUGGGUUUUUUCUUCUAUAAUCUGAUUGGGAAUAUGGUAAUCAGUGAGAUAUGGAGAGAAAGAGGUGUAGGAGGCUGUACGGAGGAAGAUGUAUGCAAUGUGUAGAACUGCUGAAAAUGAUGCAACAUGUUUUGGAGUGGAAGAUCCUUGCCAGCUUGAAAACAGAAGAGUCUGCUCAAAGGAAGAUGUUGUGGUUUCAGUAUUAGAUUGUUCCAUUCUAAUAUCUUCAUGUACAUCUUAGGGAUAGGGGUCCAGAUUUGUAUAAAUUGUCCUAUGUUUUUAUGAGUUUAAACCAAUGUUGUUAGAACCGAGCCGGAGCUUGACCCGAUAUCUUGAACGGCUUGCACUUUAGUGGUUCAACCGCUAUUUGACCG